AUGGAGAUGCCAAGUGUUGUAGUCCGACUAGCAUGUGGCGAAUGCUCGCUGUUGGUAAAUCCCCAAGGAACGCUUUUGAGCAAGACGUUUGUGAGUCCGAUCCUUUCUGUUCGGGCGUUGCUAGCUCUUGGCUACAAGGUGGAGUGGGAUUCUUCUCGUUGUAGAAUUUGGCAUCCUUCGCGGGGUGUAUUGGAUACGGAUGUUAGCACUGGUUGCCCGGAAAUCUCUGAGCAGAAGGCCUUGGAACUUAUCGGGGAAUAUGAGGCUUUGGUGCAGCGCGGGGAGAGUCGUUGUGCACGACUGCACUGUUUGAUGAAGGAUUUAGCUGGAUUGAGUAAUGCUGAGCUUGCUGAUGUGAUUGUUCGUCGGGAUGUGCACUCAGACGCAGCUGUAAAGAAGCUGGUUGAGAAAGUGUUUGGGGAUACGCCUAGUGAUUUGAGGGAGCAGGCGGUUGCAUCUGUGCAAGAUCCAGCUGGUGAGUCUUUCACAUGGAACAGAAGGAUGCGGAGGAAGUUUGAGCGUGCGAAAGGCCUAGUUGUUCAUCUGUUCUGUGGUGAGGGCAGAAAGGCUUUUGAUCGAGUGUCCGAGAAACACGGGCUAAUCCAUGUGCCGGUUGACACAGCCGAAGACCUGUUGGCGGAAGGUACCUAUCAGUAUUUGCUCAGGCAGGACAUUUGCGCCGUGUCGGUACUCAGUAGGAUAGAUGACGUGUUGAUGAUGAGGAUGAUGGUGCUGAUGCUGGUGGCGCAGGGUUCGAAUGAGGCUCUGAAGGAGCCGACCCCACACUGCCUGGUGGAACAUCCUGAGGACCCUGAGGAUGGGGGUAUGGUAGGUGUUGCCCUGAGGGAGCAGACGAAACCUGAGCUCGGGUACGCGUCGUUCUGGGCCACACCAGAGUGGCAAGCGAUAUCAAAGGAGUUGCAGCUGUCACCUACCUCCUUUCAUCAAGGACCAUUGGGGCACCAGAAGGUAAGGCCAACCACCAUUUAUACAAACAUGUAUCCGGAUCCUUUGCUUGUGGACUGUUGGGAUGAUGGGUUCCAGUCUCGUCCGAAGGUCGGGGGUAAGGGGUUGUCUUGGUCUCAGUGGAGCCCAGGGCUUUGGAUUGCUGUGACUAACAUGUUGGCGAGAGCACUUGCGGAGCAGGAUUGGUUAGAAGAAGCCAAAACUCAGUUUCUUCCGAAAGUGGAGAUGAUAGACUUCGUAUACACUGAAGCUGUGGAUUCGAAGAAGCAACAAGUCGUUGCAGGUGCCAUUAGCCGUAUGUACGCACGAGCAAUAUCAGACGGGUUGAGCGUCCAACGUAUCCAUACGGACAGGGGAAAGGAGUACCGGAACUCUGCAUUGGAUGCCUUCUGUCAAAAGCUCGGAGUUCAUCAUACAUAUGCAAUGGCAGAGGAACACCAGACCAAUGGUCGCGCGGAGGGGGCUAUAUUGAAGAUCAAAAAUCGAACGAGGGCGAUCCUCGAAGGAUCAGGGCAAGAUGAUCUUUCAGAGUGGCCAUUGGCGGCGAAAUUGGUCGUGGCGGCGUGGAGUUUGGAGUUCGAGAACUACCACGGCUGUCACAAAAUGUCCCUCUUCGGAAACUUCGAGGGGGUGGGUGGUGAAAACGGCCGAGGGUCCUUGUAUGAAGCAGGCAGUUGGGAGCCAAAGGACGUGGCGUCCCUUGCAGUUGCCAUGUCGAAGCACGUUGCUAACAUUGUCCUGCCCAUUGUUACUUCCGGGGGAGUUACGGAGUCUAGGAUGCUGGAAAAUGGGAAGCGACUAUGGGAAACGGGAUUCACGUAUUUGCCGGGAACCAAAUCAGAGUACUGGGGCUUCAAGACAUUGGCUUCCGUUUCCGCGGUCGUGCUUCGGAGACUUGAGAUUGCCGGGCGCCGGCCAGUAAAUGGACGGGGUGGUCUGCUUUCCCUUUGCAUCUCAGUGACCCAGACAACGGUACAACAGGUAGAAGCCGUGCUAGAGGGAACCAUGAGUCAUCAGGUGUUGAACGAGAGUUGUGGCUCAGGGUUGAUUGGCGACACGGGCGAGGCUUCAGGUCUUGAGAUUCUUCCACCUCCGCGACCCAAGGCUACUGUUAGCGAAGAGUUUCCUGAGUGGUGUCCAGCUGGUGUGUACAUAGCUUGCCUUGUUGCGGAACUUCGGGCGCUUUACAUGAAGCUUCAAGGUGAUGAGGCGGAUACCUGCUCAGGUGAGGCUCAAAAGGGCCAUGGGGAAGUGGAUGCUUCGGUUUCUGGUGAAGCUGUAGGGUGCUCAGACUUUGAGUGGGAUGAUGACUCUCAGGAUGUCAAGAUGUACCAGGUGCCAGAUUGCAUCAAACCACUGCGUCCAUGUCAUUCGUCGGAUGUUGGGGAUAGCUGCUACACACUGGAGCGAGUGGAUUGGCCUAUGUGUGUCAACGUAGCUGAUGAGAUGCAGGAGUUGGCUGAGGUGCAUAGGGCCAUGUGCAGCUUGUUGGAUGGGCAGUCUGAGGAAGUAGAUGGCCAGUGUUGCAGUUGUGAGGCUCAGUGGCUUGACGAAGUUCAGGGUUUGGAGCAAGAGCUUCAGAGGAUGAAGGGAUUAGAAGAUAGUCUGCUGUUGUCCUCCGAGGGUCCAAUUCUUAAAAGUAUUGAACUGUGUGUGGACAAUGAGGUGGAGGCUGAGGCCUGCCAGUUAGACAGGAAGAGCGAGGAGUGCAUGCUGGGAUCCGGGAGUCUAAAGGCUGUUCAAAUGGACGAUGAUGAUCCACCACCUCUUCAGUCGAAGAUUGUAGCGCAGGACCAGGUUCGACGUGAGCUUGGUAAGUGGCGUGGAUCUAUGGGGGAGGAAGUAGAGUCGUUAGUUCAGAAGACUGAAGCAGUUGAAGACUUGACAGACGACCAGUAUCACAAGCUGGUGGCGGAUCCAGGCGUGCAUGUGGAACUGAUUCCAGGAAAAAUGGUGUAUGUUUGGAAAUCCACUGGACGUCGUAGGGCGAGAAUGGUGGGAUGUGGCAACUUCUGUGACAACGAUGGCAGCACUCAGAAGGCAGAUCUUUUUGCGAGUGGGGCUGGUGCGGAGUCCAUUCGAAUGAUGAUCCGCAAGUGUACUCUGGAACCAUCUUGGCAUCUGGUCUCGGUUGAUGUGAAAACAGCUUUUCUCCAGGCGCCGCUUAUGGAAAUGCAGAAGGAUGGUAAGGAGAAGGUCACAGUCGUUAAAGUUCCGAGCAUAUUAAGGGAAGCGGGUGUUACUGCUACCAAGUACUGGAAAGUCAAGAAAGCUCUUUAUGGUCUGAACUCGGCGCCGCGCUCGUGGAGCCUUCAUAGAGACCGGGUGAUGACGGAUCUUCGGAUUGAGUAUGGUGAUGGCAUCUUGAGGCUUCGAAAGCUAAAGGAGGACGCCAAUCUCUGGCAGAUUCUCAAGUAUCCACGGGAGGGCAGAGAUCCUGAGAAGGAAGCCGGUGAAGCAGGAGGACAGUGCCUCGGGAUUAUAGCCUUGUACGUGGACGAUAUCUUAGUUGCGUCGGAAAAGGACGUUGCCCAAGCUGUAGUUCGCGGACUGGAAUCAAAUUGGGAAUUGUCAACCCCGGACUGGGUGUCGGAGGAAGGAGAUUGCUUGAAGUUUGCAGGCUUCGAGCUGGAAAAAACCAGUCAAGGGAUUCGUCUUCAUCAGGAGAGCUACACCAAGGAUAUCCUAGAACAGUACCAAGACACAAUCCCGGGUGUGGAACGUACACCAGCUGUCAAGACUGUUGAAAGUGAGGAACCGGUGGAUCGUUCGGAACAGCUGGAGUGGACGAAACGUGCACAAUCAUUGAUUGGACAGUUGCUCUGGCUUGCGGGGAGGACCCGUCCUGACAUUGCUUAUGCUGUGAAUCUUGCUGCUCAGAGGAUAGUGCCAUCUCCGGGUGAGGCGGUUGCUCGCGCAGAACACUUGAUCAGGAGCGCUGAUAUUCUGGGCCUCGUGCAGGCAGCCAUGAGACCAACGGUCGCAGCUCUGAUGAACGCUCAAGAGGUAGCAUCUGACAGUUCGUUUCGUGAGAGUUUGCGCUGCCGGGAAAAGGCAGUCGGGUACGAAGUGCGGCUGAAUGAGUUCAUGAGCAUCAACGGUAUUCAGAAAAGGAAUUCAGCGGUUGCAAAGUACGGAGAUGAUGUAGAAGCGUGUGUAAAUGCAGAGCCUGGAGAACGACAGCAGGAAAUGCGACGUCUUUGGGAGAAUGAGCUUGGGCCGGAAGCGGAAAAAGCUGGAAUGAUGAAAGAAAUGGGAUCAAUAAGAGCUUCGAUUUGUACGAUGAGGUUCCGACUGCUCAAUGCUCCCAAGAACAGAUUGACAGCGCUUUGGAUGGCCGGUGGGUGA